UUCUCAUUGUCCGAGUUGUUCUCAGUCUAAACAGCCUUUGAUCUUCGCAGCUAGCUACAAGCUCAGGCGAGCCGAUGUCUUCUUCAGCUGUGCCUAAUCCAAACUCCGACGGCAAUUCAGAGGCAGCAGCAGGUCUACUAUGACAGAGCAUGUGCUUCCUCUCCAGACAGCCUGGAUUUUGGCCCAGGCAUGGAGCUUGCUGGCUCCGAGGAGGACGAGCACGUCAGGGUUCCAGGAGCCCCCCACCAGCCAGGACAUUGCCUCCAGUGGGCCUGUAAGGCCUGCAAGCGCAAGUCGAGCUUUGUGGAUCGCAGACGGGCUGCCACCAUGCGCGAGCGCCGGCGGCUGAAGAAGGUGAACCACGCUUUUGAGGCUUUGAGGCGUUGCACUUCGGCCAACCCCAGCCAGCGCCUGCCCAAGGUGGAGAUCCUGCGCAACGCCAUCCAGUACAUCGAGAGCCUGCAGGAGCUGCUACGAGAACAGGUGGAAAACUUUUAUGGCCUACCUGGAGAGAGCAGCUCUGAGCCUGGAAGCCCGCUGUCCAGCUGCUCUGAUGGCAUGGCUGACAGCAACAGUCCAGUGUGGCAACAGCUGAAUGCAAACUACAGCAACGGCUAUUCAUAUGCAAAGAACAAUAGCGUGGAUGAUAAAGCAGCCGGAGCGUCCAGUCUGGAGUGCCUGUCCAGUAUCGUGGACCGCCUGUCCUCGGUGGAGUCCAGCAGCUGUGGGCCGGCUGGCCUUAGAAACACGUCCAGCUUCUCCCCCGGCAGCUCUGACUCACAGCCCUGCACACCGGAGAGCCCCGGAUCCAGGCCCGUCUACCACGUCCUGUGAAGGAAACCUUGCUUUGAUGUGAAUAUAUAUUGCCUCAGGCGGGCGCCGUGCUUUUACCCAACACCAGCUGCAUUUGCAACCAAAAGCGAUAAGAACUAGUUUUGGGCAAGUGGGAGGAAAACCCAGCAGAACCUGAGGGACGCGCGGCGGCCAGCUUUUGUACUGUACAUGAGAUUGUAAAUAUAUAAUGUAAAUGCCCAUUUAUUCUAUACUUUCUAUUAUCCCCAGUGAGACAUAUUUAAUUGUAACAGCUGAUGUAAUGUUGCAUUAUUCAAAAAAGAAAUGGUAUUUAAGCAGUUCAGUUCAGUUGAGUGUGAGUUUUAGCAGGUUUCGUCCUGUUAAAAGGGAGUUCUUUUAUCCCCACUUUUUAAUUUUUUUUAUUUUUAUUUUUUAUUGUAAAGUGUCAUGAAAUGACUAAUGUUGCUUUUAUUGGCACUAUAUAUACAUGAAUAAAAAGUGAACUGAA